AUGGAAGCUACAGACCUCUCGCGCCAGCCUGGACCUGAUGACGGUCGAGAGACUGAGCUUCUCAACUACAUCUACAGUCUACUCAACUUCGACGAGCUGCGCAACUCUCCAACAAACCUCUUGGCUGCGAUCAGUAUGUACAGCACAGAAUGUAAAAGGCUGAUUCAUAUCGGACCCCGAAAAGGCGCGCAAAUCGCCGACAAGAUUGCAGAGCGCAAACCCUACGUCAUGUUUGAGCUUGGAGGGUAUGUCGGCUACUCUGCAAUCCUGUUUGGCGAUGCAGUGCGACGAGCCGGAGGUCAGCGAUACAUUAGUCUGGAAAUAAACCCAAUUCAUGCUGCGGUGGCAAAGCUUCUCAUCGAACUUGCGGGGCUAGAGGAUUUCAUUUCCAUCAUUAUAGCACCUGCACAUCUAUCGCUGGCCCAGCUUGUUCACGAUAAUCUUCUCGAUGCUGCGUUUACUUGA